AUGGCAUCUCGAUUGGCAAGGAGCGCUGUCGGUGUUGCCCGACUCCGACCAGCUAUCCCAAUCCGCACCCUCCCUUCGCUCUCCACCACUCUGACCUCAAGGCGAUAUGCAUCUAACGUCCCUACACAAGAACCAUCGAAGAAGGCACAGUCAAUCAUUGAUGCUCUGCCCGGCUCUUCUUUGAUCUCCAAAACAGCCAUCUUGUCCGUUGGGGCUUCGCUCUCAGCCUUCGCCAUAAGCAAUGAGUUCUAUGUUGUCAACGAAGAGUCAGUUGUUAUGCUUGCGACAUUGAGCGUUUUCUGGGCUGUGUUUCACUAUGGCGGACCGAUGUACAAGGACUGGGCUGAAGGGCAAGUGAAUAAGAUCAAGAACAUCUUGAAUGCUGCCAGGGAAGACCAUACGAGCGCAGUGAAGGCAAGGAUCAACAACGUAAAAGAGUUGGGAAGCGUGAUUGAUGUUACAAAACAGCUGUUCGAGGUCUCGAAGGAGACGGCCAAGCUGGAAGCUCAAGCUUUCGAGCUGGAGCAGAAGACCGCAUUGGCUGCUGAAGCGAAGUCGGUGCUAGAUUCGUGGGUCAGAUAUGAAGGUCAGGUCAAGCAACGGCAGCAGAAGGAGCUCGCGGAGAGCAUUAUUAGCAAGAUCACAAAGGAGCUGGAGAAUCCUAAGACUUUACAACAGAUCCUUCAGCAAAGUGUAGCGGACGUUGAGAAGAUCGUAUCGUCCAAGGCACAAUAA